AUGGACUGCAUCAAACCGCGGGAAGAGAUGGACUGCACAGACCUGGAGAUCAAUCUUAUUUCAGCAAGCCAUCUUAAACCUGUAGGAAAACUUUCCCGGAUGAAAGUUUAUGCUAGGGUUUCAAUUGGGGGUGCCCCCAUGACCAGCUCAUCAUCAGAGAAGCGAACUCCGGUGGACAAUCAUGGCAAGACCAACCCUGCAUGGAAUUUCACCACCAUACACACCAUUGAUAAGUCCGCGGUGCAAAAUGAAUGCAGGAUACUUGUCAUCAAGCUAUACAGCAAGCGAUUCAUUAUGAGGGACCGAUACAUUGGUGAAGUUCAUGUAUCACUGAAGGAGCUCUACAAACGUGCGAGUAAUGGUAGCAAGACGAACACGGUGGAAUACCAGGUGAAAAAAGGAUCAGAAUAUUCUAAUGGAAUGCUCAAAUUUUCAUACAUGUUUAUAGGAACCAAGGCUGAUCAUGAACAUGCUUCUUUCUGGGCGAGAACAGUCAGUGACGCAGCUAUGUUGUUUUUCAAAGUGUUCCUUAACUAUAGGUUUAAAAGUAAUAUUCCAAUAUAA